ACCACUAACCACUUCCUUUUCUCUGUGCCACCUCCACUUGUACUAAUCAAGCAGGUAGUGUAGCUCCAGUUUGACUCUUGCUGCCUGAUGGACAUGAUCAGUCUAAAUCCAGCAGUGUUCAUCUUCAUUCAGCUGAUAUGGCCGGCCUUUGCAGGGACUAAAACAUCUGACCACCAGAAUGUAUCGGUGUCAGAGGGAGAUUCAGUCGUGUUCAACUGCAACACAUCUGAGAAACAUACGACACACAUCACCUGGACCAAAUGCAGAUUAAUGCUUUCAUGGGCCGUACAGCUUCAGCAAAACUUUUCAAACUUCUCUGACAGAGUUACAAUAGACCUCGUCAACAAGUCAAAGCUAAAAAUUGUUAGUGCUCAACUUGAGGAUUCAGGACUUUAUACAUGUGAGAUAACUGACAACCGAGGCAUCAACAGUAUUACAUGGAAUUUAACUGUUUCUGAGAAAGAAACAAGUUUACUUAGUAAUGUCGUAUUCAUCCGUCCACUUGCUGCUGGAUUCCUUCUAUGUUGCAUCACAGCAGUUAUCUGUCUCUGCAGAAAAUAUGGUACCAGAACAGGAAAUCAGAAUCCAUUCCAGGACCAGUUUCAGUCUCAGACAGAAGAGGUGGUAACUUGCAACUACAAGGUGACACGAAUCAUCAGCGAACAAGAGGAGGAGAGAAUACAAGAGAGGCUGAAUUUAAUCUAUGAUCAUUCUUGAACUGAGACACAAAAGAGAGACAUCAAGAUGGAUCCAAUUAACAAAAGAAGGAUGGAAAAAGUGGGAAAUAACUUAACUGUCUUUCUUGAAUGGGUAUUUUUACCUUGCCGACAGUAUAUUAAUGUUUCAUUUUAUUGGACAUUUUUCUGGUUGUUCUACUUUAUGUUCUCACUAUUGCAAUUUCAUAAAAAUGAUUGUUUUGAUAUUGUAAAUAUCCCAAAUUUUCCCAGGAAAGUAAGUUUUUAUUUUAAGUUAGUCCAGUAGAGGCCAUGUGCAGAUAUUAGUUGCUUUAAGUUGACCUGCUGCUCUACAGGAGGAUUUACCAAUAUUUUUUAAACUAUAACAAGAUGGCACACAAAACUGUGUGAUAUUAAAACGAUAACUUUUCUUCAAGUUUCAGUGUUUACAAAGAAUUCUGGACAAUGCUGGCACCCACUUUCGACAAUAUGAUAUUAAAAAUAAAGGAAAAAAAAAAAAAAAAAAC